AUGCAACACCUCCUCGCCUGCUGUUUUUGCCAAUCUAAGAAAGAGAAAGAGAAAAACCGGGGGUGUAGUCGUACUGGAGAGGAGCCGCAACAGGAAGGGGAGCCCGCCCCCCGACCCAGCCACACCCCACCUGAUAGUGGUCCCAGAACACGUACCGGCAGCACUAAGUCUAGACAGGGAGAGAAGGGGGAGAAGAGACACAACACUCAUACAGAUACUGGGACACCGUUUGGUUACCAGGUAACACGGAAGCUGAGUAUAAACCCCGGGGAUGCGAUAAUAUCCACCACACAGAGAGACUUCGUGCAGCUCGGCGGUCACUUAGGACAUUUCCACAUAGCUGGACCGGGUGCUCUGUGGAAACAGCAAGCUAAAGACGGGGAGAUAGAGGCUAAAGUGCUGAAGGAACUGAACGAGAGCUCACUGCACGCUUAUGUUCCUGACUUCCUGGGAACCAAGGAACAUGACGGCAAGAGAUGGAUAGGAAUGGAGGACGUGAUGUGUCAUUUCACAGACGGGUGUGGUAUGGAUAUAAAGAUGGGGACUAGGACUUUCAAAGAGUUUGAAGUAAAGAACCAGAAGUUAAGGGAAGAUUUGUAUGACAAGAUGGUAAAACAGGAUCCCUCCGAGCCCACCGAACAGGAGAACAUCGACAAAGCUGUUACCAAACUACGCUAUAUGACAUUCCGGGAAAGAGAAAGCUCAUCACAAACGCUCGGUUUUAGAGUUGAAGCAAUGAAAAUCUGGGGUCAGGGGACGAACAAGGACUUCAAAACACUAAAGUAUAAAGAUCAGGUCAAGAACGCCCUGAAAAUAUACUUCAACCCACUUGGUCGGUCCGGCAUUGAGGGAUUUUUGAGAGAGCUUGAAAACGUGACUCAAUUAUUAGAGGAGUCAACUUACUUCAAGGAACAUGAGUUUGUCGGUACGUCGCUCCUCUUUGUGUACGACAGAGAACGAGUUGGUAUCUGGUUGAUAGACUUUGGCAAGACUACGGAAAUAAGCGAGCUGGUAGAGGGCGGUCAGAUAACACACGAUAAACCCUGGGAGCUGGGGAACUACGAGGACGGAUACUUCUUCGGACUGCGCAGUCUCCUUACGGUUGUGAAGGAGAUUUACGACGAGAGAGAAGAAGGAGAGGAGGCAUCACAGUACACCACAAUUCGUGUCAACUGAGCACUUACCCUGCUCUUCGCAUGAGCUUGCUAUCAGACACUCUUCAGUAGGAACCUAGUCACCUCGCUACACUCUCCAGUAGAAACCUAGUCACCUCGCUACACUCUCCAGUAGAAACCUAGUCACCUCGCCAUCAGUUUAUAUCUUGUGCUUUUCAAAACAACAGAAACAUUUGCGUGGUGUGACGUUAUGUCACGUGGUGUAACGUCAUGACACGUGGUGUGAAGUCGUUUGCAUCUUCAGCAGCCUAAGAAAUAUCGGUGAUAAAAAUUUGAUUCACAACAUGAAAAAUCACAAUUUCCACGACAUCUUUGGGACAAAAAAUGGAAAUCCCGAUUUGUUACAAAAUACGUGGUAUUUUUAACAUUCUGUGACUUUUUUGAUCUUUUUUGGGUACCGUUGACCUAAGACCUGGUGUAACUUGAAGGGGCAUGAGCGAGCUGAUCUAGUUUUAGUACGUUAUAAUAUAGUAUAGCAGGUAUAUAUAAAACCCUGCUCUAGUACUAAUGUUGUAUCUUUUUAUCGUGAUAGUGUAUGUUGUUAUUGGACGUUUUAAUUAUAAUAUUGUACUAAUAUUGUACUAAUAUUGUACUAAUGUUGUACUAAUAUUGUACUAAUAUUGUACUAAUACUGUACUAAUAUUGUACUUAUGUUGUACUAAUAUUGUACUAAUAUUGUACUAAUGUUGUACUAAUACUGUACUAAUAUUGUACUUAUGUUGUACUAAUAUUGUACUAAUGUUGUACUAAUGAAGAGGCAGCUACGUUAUCCAGGAGUUCCCUUUCUCACAUCUCCUAACUUUGUUCUCAUUGGCUCGAGUCUCCGUGCUGACUCGCCAUUGGUUUGUUGGGGGCCUGGUAAGGUAUCAGCUGAAAACAUCUGGUUCACAGGAGACCACUAAUUAGAGGGAACUGCGAAGUGUGUUAAAGUGGUUAAAGUGGUUCAAGUGGUUAAAGUGGUUAAAGUGGUUAAAGUGGUUAAAGUGGUUAAAGUGGUUAAAGUGGUUAAAGUUGAGCAGGCGUAUAACAAAACAAAUCCGAUGAAAACAAUUUCUGGAUAACUUAGCUUCGUAUUAUAAUGAACUUUUAAAUUCAAUUUCUGAUUAACCUCUAUGAUUUAACUAAUCUUAAUCUUAAAUCUAGCUGAAACUUUUUAAAUAACUUGAUUAAAAUUAUCUCUUUUGCACCAGUGGGCGUCUUAGUUUUGAAACUUUUAAAAAGCGUGACAUUCAAUUUUGCCUUUUUUUGAAAAGAUUGUGUUAGUUUUUAACUGUCUUUAUUUUUAUAUUGACACGCCUUUACAGAUAUAUGAGGGAACGAUUAAGCAUGAAGCAUUUAAUAAAGAACACGUGAUAUUUUGAUAAUUGCAUAGUACAUACCUGGGUCUUUAGCUCACUAUAACUAUAACCUAUACUAUAACUAGGAGUUGGUAGUACAUAAUACAUUGGUAACUUAAAUGAGUGUUUUCAAAUGUCCAGGGAAACAGAUAGUCCUAUGUGAGUUAGUAAGAACAUUAGUUUCUCAGACCGCCUUAAAUAAAUCUUCUCCUUUCUACAGUUCUUGUUAUAUAAUAUAGCACGAUUUAAUUAUCUUGAUAGUCAAUACCCUGAUUUCCUGUGAAAUGAGAAGAAUAUUUUCAGAGUGAAUAUUAUUUGAUAAUAUGUACUGUCGGUAUGCAAAUAUAGUAACCAUGGUAACGCGCAUUUUCAAAUUUAUCACUUGGCUAA